UAGAUUUCUACUUAUAAUUUGUUUCUUCUUUUAGGGAAGGCAGUGUCAGAAUUCUAGAGUUAAGUUGAAAAGGCAUAAAUUAUGCACCUCAAUGCUCUCCUUUCCAGCUGUAUGAUCUCGAGUUAUCCAACCACAAUGUUGUUUUUAUGUAUGAAAUGGGCAGAUAAUCCCUUCACUCCUAAGUGUCAAAUGAGAUGAGCUACAUGAUUGGCCAGAAUAAACUACAAAAUAUUUGCAGACACAAAGAUUAUUACUAUUGCUUGGGCUUCUGCAUCUGCCUAUCCAUGAUACUUUGUUGUUGUUGUUAGUUGAAAAUUUUAUUCUAUUACCAAGUAAAUAUAUAUACAUAUAUUUUAUCUUUCCAACGUUGCCAGCAUAGUUUCUCAAAGAAUGAUGAUUCAGUUUUUCCAUGCCUUUGGAGGCCUUUGUUGUUAAAUAAAUCAUUGUAAGUAUCUAAUGUACCAUGGCUGCUGCCUGGUUUACAUCACAGUGGAGGAGGGAGGAGGGAUCAUCGCUCAAGGGCAGAGCAGAGGAUGUCCCUGGUAUUUGUCAGAUUCUACAGAGGGAACUUCGGGGAACGAAUUCUGUUUCCUUAUAAUUGAAGUCAAAGGUAGACUCAGUGAGUGAGAUUGAGGAAGAAAUGGAAAAGUGGAAAUGAAUGUGAUUUGACAUUAGAUUAUGAGUUUUAAUUUCUGUCUUGCCAUCAUGCAAUCUUAAGCAAGUCAUAAUUCCUUUAAGACUGAAUGUUAAUUGUUUUAAAAUGAAGAGUUUAAAGAAUAAUCUCACAAGAUUAUGUUAAGCAUGAAAUUGUCAUAUCUGUGGGAUGAAACUUGUUGACUAUAAAGUGAUAUACCAGUUUAGAUGUUAUUAAUUAUUAAGGCAUAGUCAUUUGCACAAAAUUCUAAGGUGCAAAAUAAUUUGAUCACUCCCUUGGUCUUCCUUUUGAUGGGUUUUCAAUACUGUUGUAUUUAUUCAAACAUGUAUGUAGUCCAUAUGUAUGAUUUACUGUUCCUUUGGAGACACAAGAAAUAAUGUGGAAUGCAUCAUUAGUUAACAGCAAAAUGCUCAAAUUGGAAAUUAGAGACUAACAGAAAAAUGAGAAAGUUUGGGAGAAAAGGAAGGGUCACGUGGUUAUACAAAAGAGAAACACAAAUUGUGACUUCAUUUUAGAAAACAACAGAAGUGGGACGGAGAUGUUGGUGGCAACUGGGACUUUCAGAAGAAAAAAAUUCAUUCUGAAUAUGGAAAAAUGGGAAACCAAAUGGUGCAGAAGUGGAGACAAUGCUUGUAACUGAAUACAGUAACCGGUAGGAAAUAUUCAUCCAACUAACAAAUAGUUUCCAGGGACUCUUCCCUGCAGCUUACUGUGUAGAAUUUAAACUAAGUAACUUAACAAUUGAGAACAUAACCUGUAUCUACCCUUUGUCCCUUGCCCCCACUCCAAAUAUUACUGCUAAUUAGAAGCACAUGUUGAAGGAAAAACUCUAAUAAGACAUUCCAGUAUAAGAUCUGGGUUUGCUUUAAAUCCCCCAAGUAGCCUAAAGCCCAACAGAAGAUAUUUAGCCUUUUGCCUUUUGUUUAAAUGGGGAUUAUUUUGAAUUAUCAGUAGUGCAAUACCCCCAUCCUGCUGUCCUUUAGUGUAAAUUAAGGCAAAGGACAUAAUAGUAUCAAUAAAAGAGCAAAAGUAAAAAAUAAAACGCAUAAGAUUAUUAAUGGGUGACAGAAAAUUGCUAUAUACAUCAUUGCCGGUAGAUUAAAAGAGAUGCCCUAACAGGGCAAAAGAACUCUGUCGAACUUCUGGCAUUUUAUCCUGCAUACACUGAUACAUUAGUGUUAGGAUGUUACUUCGGGCUACCUCACAAAAGCUUGCUUUCAGCAUGUUAAGCCUUGUAUAGCUGAUUUCAUGCCAAUAUUGGGAACCAACCUAAAUCCAGAAUUCAUUUCAGUCUGCAACAAUGCCACAUGGGCAAUUGGAGAAAUCUCCAUUCAAAUGGGUAUAGAGAUGCAGCCUUAUAUUCCUAUGGUGUUGCACCAGCUUGUAGAAAUCAUUAACAGACCCAACACACCAAAGACGUUGUUAGAGAAUACAGCAAUAACAACUGGUCGUCUUGGUUACAUUUGUCCUCAAGAGGUGGCCCCCAUGCUACAGCAGUUUAUAAGACCCUGGUGCACCUCUCUGAGAAACAUAAGAGACAAUAAGGAAAAGGAUUCAGCAUUCCGUGGAAUUUGUACCAUGAUCAGUGUGAAUCCCAGUGGCGUAAUCCAAGAUUUUAUAUUUUUUUGUGAUGCCGUUGCAUCAUGGAUUAACCCAAAAGAUGAUCUCAGAGACAUGUUCUGUAAGAUCCUUCAUGGAUUUAAAAAUCAAGUUGGCGAUGAAAAUUGGAGGCGUUUCUCUGACCAGUUUCCUCUUCCCUUAAAAGAGCGUCUUGCAGCUUUUUAUGGUGUUUAAUCUAAUACACUUAAGCUGCAGUCCCAAAAUUAGGGGUCCUUCAGUCUUGGAGACUAUGAGGGAGCCUCUGCACCCAGGGAAAAUGUUACCCUUUACAGGGGGGAAGGGUAAACCAGUAGGGAAUACAGUACAAUCCCAACCCUACUGGGAGGGGCGGGAGGGAGGUGUUGCCGUCACUGUAUUAAGUCGAUGUUGGGGA